AAUGAACAUUUACCAAACAGUAUACAUAUGCACUUCAAAAGACAAACAUCUGGCACGAGUCGGCUGGUCUGAUGCAUUAAUUUCGGGGACUCCCAGGUAGAGUUUACUUGCACACUGCACGCAAGCUUGAUAAUGAUUAGUUCUGGGCCAUCCAGUGCUAGAAGCACAAUGUCUAAAGAAGAGUCAUUCGUAAUACUCGGGAGCUCUCCCGUUCCGUCGCUCUGCACUGACUCCCUUCUACUUGAUGAUGCAAUGGAUGCUAGUGAUAGGCCAGUGCCAGUGACCCAGGAGAGUUAUGGAGCUGACGUGUCUGCCGCUGGAUCGAGCUCAGGGCCACUGUCCACGUCGGUUGACAGUGACAGACACAAGUCUCUGGCCGCCAGCUUCAUCAUGGGUGAAGUGAAAUCGGAUGUUCUCAAGAACAGCGUAUAUUCGCAGUUUCCCAGUCUCUGUUCUAUGCAGGCGUCUGCCGAGGAUGUGGUCAAGCUGCAGAACAUGAUGGAGGAGUACGUUUCGUUGAAGAAAACACUGGAUAUGGUCAAUCGCACAAUGAUGGACUACCACAAGCUGACGCAGCAAUGGCGCCAGGAGGCCGCCGAUCGAGAAGAGAAAUGUAAACAGCAGCUGACGGAGUGCCAGGAGCAGGUGGAGAAGCUAAGAGCCGAAAAUCAAGCGCUCAUGGCCGAACUUGAGACGAAGCUAGUGCAGAUCGAACUCGUGCAGGACAUACGGCAGAAGGAGCAGGACGAACUCAGACAAAGUGUGUCGGAGAAGACGUCACUGAUCAACAAUAUGCGUGUUGAAAUUGACAAGCUUCAGCAAAUCAAUCUGAAUGGCUUCGAGUUUGUACCUGACGAUGACAAGAAGAAGGCGAAGGAGGAAGUGAGCAAUCCGCUCAACUAUGUGCAGCGGGAAGAGCAUGAUCGCCAGAUCCAAAAACUGCAGCGAGAUCUAUCCAAAAUGUUGGCCGAGAAGCUUGAAGUGAUCGAUAUGAAAAAAGUAUACAUACAGGAGAUUGAUUGCUUGAAGGUGAACCUGACAAGCGCCGAGGAACUAAUGCACAAAAUGGAGCGCGAUAUUAAUCAGCUAAAGGCCAGGGACAUCCAACGACAGGAAGAGAUUGAACAUCUGCAGACACAAAACGAAAUCUACCGAAGGGACUUUGAAAUGGAGCGUGCCGAUCGCGAGAAGAAUGCUGGCGAAAAGGAGCAGUAUCUGUUGGAUCUGCGAUCGUUGCAAAGGCGCAAUCAGGAGCUAAUUGAGGCUCUUGCCGAGUCCCACAAAUCCCCCAAGUCCGGCUCGCCCUCGCCCUCUACUUCGGGCGUGAGUAGCCUACGCGAGGACCAGAGACCAGUAAGAGUACUAGAUCCUAACGGCGCCGAUGCUAGGCCAGCGGACAGUGCCCUGCGCUGCCCUAUUUGCUCAAAGGGCUUCAACUCCCUGAGCGUGUUGCAGAGUCAUGUCAAUGAUUGUUUGGACAAGAUCUAAACACUUUCAUUAAUUACUUAUUUAUGGUAUAACUUUAAUUACUGCGCCGUUAAUGAGCCAGCAACUUUAUAAAUUAACACAUUAUCAAUUACA